UAUUUAGAUUAAUGGAAAGUUGGUUUUUGUUACGGAGAAUCCGUGAGAGUUUGGUAAUUAAAUACACGUUUUUUUUCGAUUUAAGACUGCGGUAUCAGGUAAAAACAAAAAGCAUAAAAUUACGUAAAAAAAAAGAGAUAAAUCGAAAACCUAUUUGUCCAUUUCUCAAUUUGGAUUGGCUCUCGAGUUCGAUCUUCCCUUCCCAUCUUCUCCAAUCGAGAUGCAGGACCAGCUCGUGUGUCAUGGCUGUAGAAACACAUUGCUCUAUCCUAGAGGAGCUACCAACGUUCGUUGUGCCUUAUGCAACACUGUCAACAUGAUCCCUCAUCAUCCUUCUCCUCAUGCUCGUGCAGGGAUGGACAUGGCUCACAUUGUAUGUGGUGGUUGUCGAACUAUGCUUAUGUAUACCCGUGGGGGAACUAGCGUCAGAUGCUCUUGCUGUCAGACUCUCAACCUUGUUCCAGCACCAACACCAUCCAAUCAGUUUGCGCAUAUCAACUGUGGGAACUGUCGGACGACACUCAUGUAUCCGUACGGUGCAUCAUCUGUUAAAUGCGCUGUUUGCCAGUUCGUUACUAACGUUAAUCUGAUGGGCAAUGGAAGGGUGCCUAACAUGCAAAAUGGAGCAGCCUCUCCCCGGACUAUAUCUACAUCCACUUCAACACCACCGUCUAAGACACAAACCGUUGUUGUAGAAAACCCAAUGUCGGUUAAUGAAAGUGGAAAGUUGGUGAGCAACGUUGUGGUUGGAGUGACAACAUGCAAAAAAUAACCCAAGAAUUGAGUGAUCUGAAAGAGAUCAUAUCAAGCGUUCUGGUUUGUGCAUAUUACAUAUCUCUUGACAACUUUUUAACCCAAGGAAAAGGCUUAGUGAGAAUCACUUGUUUGAGUUUUCUUUUGGGGUUUUUUCUUAUCAAAGUUGAUGCACACAAAGGUUUUACAUUUUGUCCAAUGAUCUGGCACUUAUACUUGUAGAUUUGUACACUCCAUUGGCCAUUUGUGGCAUUGUUAAUGUAUGUAUUAAUAUAAUCUGAUACACCAACCAAACAGUAAUAUUUGGGUUUGAAAAUAUGUUUCUUCUGUGA